CACUUUUUUAAACUAUUCCAAUGUAUUGAAAAGAGGAUCGAACUCAAGUACAAAAAACCGGCAUGCUGCUUCCCCAACUGACCUAAACUUAUCUGCUACUUCAGCACCUUAAAACUUUGUGCAUCACAGCUAUAUCCUCCCAAGGCCCCAUGGAAAUUGAAUCUCAUCGGCAGCUUCACAUGUUCUUCUUUCCAUUCAUGGCUCAAGGCCACAACAUACCCUUCAUAGACAUAGCCAAGCUAUUUGCUUCUCAUGGUGUAAAAUCCACCCUAAUAACCACCUCUGUCAAUGCACCACUCUUCUCCAAAGCAAUCCAAAGCAGCAAAAAUUUGGGGUUUGAAAUUGAACUUCUUGUCAUCAAAUUCCCAACUGAGGAAGUUGGGUUGCCUCAAGGAUGUGAAAGCAGUAACUUGGCUACAACAAUUGAGAUGAAGGAAAAGUUCUUCAAAGCCACCUUCCUGCUUGAGCCACAGAUUGAGCAGAUUUUAGACCAGCACCGCCCUCACUGCCUUGUUGCUGAUUCUUUCUUUCCUUGGGCUACAGAUGUUGCUGCCAAGUUCGGAAUUCCAAGGCUCAAUUUUCAAGGGACUGGUUUUUUCCCUUCGUGUGCUUCACUGACUGUGAUAUUGCAUCAGCCUCACAAGAAGGUGGAAUCUGAUUCAGAACUUUUUACUAUUCCUAAUUUCCCAAUUGAGAUCAAGAUGACACGAACCCAAAUACCGAGAUUUUUUGAGAAAAAUUCUGAAUCAAUAAUGACCAAAUUAUUCAAAGAAUCCAGAGAGAGUGAGGAAAGGAGCUAUGGGAUUAUUGUUAAUAGUUUCUAUGAACUUGAGCCAGAUUUUGCAGAUCAUUACAGUAAUGUUUUUGGGAGGAAGGCAUGGCAUAUAGGCCCAGUUUCUCUAUGCAACAAGGCAGCAGAGGAUAAAACAGAGAUAAGGGGAAUGGAAGCCUCCCUUGAUGAACAUGAGUGCUUGAAUUGGCUAAACUCUAAGAAACCCAAUUCAGUUGUUUACAUAUGUUUUGGAAGCCUGACCAAUUUUGCUGAUGUUGAGCUGCUAGAAAUUGCAUUGGGGCUUGAGGCUUCUGGGCAGGAAUUCAUUUGGGUUGUGAAGAAAGAAAAGAAAGAAAAAGAUGAGUGGUUGCCUGAAGGGUUUGAAAGUAGAAUGGAAGGUAAGGGACUAAUUAUAAGAGGUUGGGCUCCACAAGUGCUGAUUCUUGAGCAUCAAGCAAUUGGAGCCUUUGUGACUCACUGUGGGUGGAACUCUAUCCUUGAAGGAGUGUCUUCUGGGGUGCCAAUGAUCACGUGGCCGGUGUCCGCCGAGCAGUUUUACAACGAGAAGUUGGUGACUGAUAUACUUAGAACUGGGGUUGCUGUUGGUUCUAAACAGUGGGCUUCAUUUGUAGAAGUGAAGAAGGAAGCCAGUGUGAAGAGGGAAGCUAUAGAGAAGGCUGUGACUCUAGUCAUGGUGGGUGAUGCAGCCGAGGAAAUGAGAAGCAGAGCCAGGACACUUGGAGAGAUGGCAAAGAGGGCUGUUGAAGAAGGUGGCUCAUCAUUCUCAGAUUUAACUGCUCUAAUUGAAGAGUUGAGGUCCCUUGGAGCUUAAAGAUUUCGCCAAAAUACCAGCAUUUGUUUGACUAAGUAAGAAUUGUUUGUUCAAAGUUUAGAACAAGCUUAGAGCCUUAUAUUGUUGUUUCUUUCUGUGAGUAUCUUCAGCAUAUCUUAGACAAGUUGUCGAUCCUAUUUUCCUUUUGAUAAAAUAUUCUCAUAUGGCAGGCUAACUUUAAAAUAAAAAAUAUCAAAAGAAAGUAAGUCUUCAUGCUUAAAAAGCUUUUUGUAGAUCUAUCAAAUUCAGCAGCUCCACCUCCAAUUGUGCUUGGGGAUCAAGGGGGUUAGGAGAUGUUGUGAUAUUCUAUGGAAUGUCUUGGUGGAAGUUGAGCGGUUAUGCCCUCCACUCUUGGGGUGUUUCCUGUCCCAUGAAAUUUGAGAGAUUGUUCUCUAUCUUGAUCUUAUUAAAGCACAGGAUGCUGCAGAAUUAGGGUCAUCCUCAUCUGUAACUCCUUGUUAGUUGGGUUUCAAGUUAUAUAUUUGUUUUCUAACUAUCUUGUAAUACUUGUGCUUAGUUAGUGUUGUUGUUACAGUCUCUGUAUUGCAAGAAUCUCCUUCCGGAGCUGUGUUCU